CGAAUUAGCAAUUGUUGUCGAUCUUUCGUUCGAUUACAUAAUCCUUUGUCUGUUAUAUAUAUAUAAUUUUCCUCCGUUCUAAAUAAAUACACCCCUUUUCGAAAAUGUCACCGCCGAAGAAAGAAGUUCCGAAAUCUAUCUCAUACAAUAAGGGAUCGUCUUCAACACAACGAUCUAUAUUUAAUACAAAAGCCAAAAAUGCUAAUGAUAUAAAAGAACUUACAGCUUGUACACCAAAGGAGCUGAGAGAAAAGUUAGAUAAAAACAACAAAUUGCUUGAAAAUGAGGAUAUUAUUUCAAAGCUGCCAGAUAAAGGACAGAAACUUCGGGAAAGAAAUAUUCUUAUAAACGAAUUACUUGAGAAACAUAAAUCAAUGCUUUCAAAUCCUAUUAAUGAAUUGGAAGAUUUAGUAAGCAAGAUGAGCAUUGAUGAUAAUAACAAAAAAUCUUAUGCGAUAACUCCAGCCUCACUUGUAAAUAAAAAGAAUGGUCGAUAUUACAGUUCAAGUGUCAAAACAAAUCAAAUCUCAAUUGAAGAAUCAAUUAAGUUGCAAAAGCAUCAAGAGAAGCUACGACAGAAAUUUCAAAUACACACGUUAUCUGAAAAAUUUGAACAAAUGACUGUAGAUAAAAAGGAAACAAUUAGAACAAUUAAUCAUCCUAUAGAAGAAUUAGAGAAUUAUAUAUCUGAAGAAUCAUAUGAUUCAUUAAAUUCAGAUAAUGAUGAUGAUUAUUUAUGAAUAAGUAUUAAUUAUUAUAUUAAUUAAUAUAUACGAAUUGGCUAGUUGUCUUAUUAAACAUCAAUAGUAAAAAUAGGCUGUUAUAUUAAAUUAUUAUCAUAUAUGGGUUAAAUAAUAUUAAAAAUAAGCAUCAGUAUUUAAUGUAAAGAAAUGUAAUUUGAACCCAAAAGAUUAUUUUUUAUAAUAGUAGUAUAUAUCUCACAAAUUAUAAAAAUUUAUACUUAAAUCAAUAUCAUUAAUUACAUU